ACAGAAUUAGAAAGAUGUUUCAGCCUCAUUUAAGAGAACUUUCCAUCUCCAUCAUUUUAUUCUAGUCAUCUAGCGUUUGUUAUUUCUGCAGAAAUUCACGCGAAAGCGGAGGGAUUUUGAAAUAAAUCAAUAUAUCUUUGUACAAGAAUAUGAAAUGGCUUGUGUUUCAAUCGCCCAGGAGGCUGUUAGAAAAGCGAAUGCCUUAAAAACCGCUAUAUCCCGUGGUACCGCAUAACGUACAACAGUGUCUCAUGCAAAAAUACAGACAUCCUUCACUUGUCGGAGGCCAGUGAUGGGCUCGAUCCCAUCGAUCAUCGAUCGUGGCCAGCAUGACUGACCUCGCCUCCCAUUGUUGUUCCAUUGUAUUCCAAGAAGGAUCGUUAUCCAAAGGGAAGGAGAAAGAUUCCGUGGGGAACCGUGGCAUAGGAUGACGGCUGGAGCGAGAGGAAGAAACCGCGAGGUGGAAUGAGAGAAAGAGACACGCGCGGAAAUCGCUGGCGAGAAGGAGAGACAAUGUGGCGCCCGUUCUCCAGGUUGACCAAGCCAAGGAGGUAAGAACGGAAUAACACAACGACUACGGGGAACGGAGGAAGAUGCAAAAUGGACCAAGCACCGACGAAGUGGGGAUCUGGAUUAAAAGCAAACGAGGGCAACGUCUCGGCAACAGAGCCAUCUCGGACCUUGAAGAGUCGAGGUCGCCGACGUACUCCACUUCCGUAUAUUUCGUAACGUCGCUCUGUUGUCGUUAUUAUUGUUGUUGUUUUUAUUGUUGUUGUUCCUGUUAUUGUUACUACUAUUCUGCUGUCAUACGCCGGCGCAAUACGUUGCCCGCAAUUCCCGCUAACGGAUCUCCGGAAACGACGAGCGGGAGACACACGGGCCUUGUUCAUGUAAUUGAAGGCGGCUCGGACGACUAAUAUCGACACGAUGAUGACGAGAGGAGCGAUAUGUCUGCUCCUGACAAUUUUGAUGUUAGGAGGUUCUUUGGGUAGCACAAGAUAUUUUGUGAAAAUGCGAACAAAUGCGUCCGACAUGUUCAAAACGAAAGCGGACAAUUUAAGGAUUCUUCACGAUCCGAUAGCGAUCACACCGAAUCCUCUGUACGAUAACACGGGAAACGGGCAUCAAACCGAUGAGAGAAUGACCAAAGAGAUAUCGAGCGAUCAGUAUAAUCGAAGAAAUUCCUUCGUCGAAUCUUCGACUUUCAAUCCAGACGUACUCAAUAAAUUUCUCGAGGAUUACGCGAAUAAAGUUAAGAGCACCACCGAGAGGAAUUUCAAAUAUCCCUUCAGAAUUGUAAAACCACCCGCGGAACCUCUUAUGCUUGAAAUCGAUAGCGAGAUUACCGAGACAACGACCAUCCACGAACAGGACGAUAAAUUUGAUCAAAUCUCAAAUGCUACUUCAACGGACGAUGCGUUAAGCGAGGCGUUAAAUGAUACCUUGAAGAGAAACAAAUACUACGGUACAAAUACUUAUGAAGAUAGAAAUGGCUGGGUGACAUUGGAAGCAAUUCCGUGGUCUAAGAGCAAAAUUUCAAAGUGGCAGGCUAAUCCCAGUACACAACGACCUUGGCCAGAGAUAAAACCAUGGGAUAAACCGAGCAUGAAACCAUGGGCCAGCGACUAUACCGUCAGACCCACUUAUGAAAACAACAAACCGUGGUACGACAAGCCAAAACCCAACUGGCCAGAGAGUAGCGAGAAACCGUGGCAGAAACCGAUUUCACGUCCCUCUUACCAUCCUGAUGACGCGUCUAAUCAGGCGCAGAAGUGGCCGCCGGAGAGACCGUUAUGGAACAAGUACGAUCCUCAUCGUCCCAGUAGCGAUAUCAUCACAGACGACAGACCGUCCAACUUUCCCAGUACUUGGUCCAAACCGCAGAGCUCCUCAUAUCAAUUUAUCGAUAAAUAUUCGGAUCAAUCGGGGGAUGGAAGUAAUUGGCACGAUUACUCAUCCAAAUACGACCAGGAUCGACCUCGGCCAACUUUAGUCACCGAAAGGCCGAAUUUCUCGCAUUAUCAGUACGUGAACAAUCAUCCACCGAGUCAUCCAGCGAGUGGCGACGGCCAGUGGAUUCUCUUGUCGACGAACCGAGGAUAUUCCAAGUCGAGGCAGAGAUCAAUCAAGUUUGAUACAAUAAACUCAGCAGAACCAUUUAAGAGAAUCAAUACGACAAGUCGCGGAAAGGAGGAGGAAGAAGAAGAAGAGGUUGUACCUGUGAUGACAUCGAAACGCCAGGUCAGAUUGACGGUGUUGCCAUCGAUCAACGGCACGAAUACGACGACGUCCCACGGAGGCCUUUUAGAAGUGGAGAAGACGUACAACAUUCUGAACAAAAGACCAAUCAGGCAUACAACUCUGAGCACGAAACCAUCAAGUUCGGCAGCCGUUUUAGCAGCCGUCGGAGCAGGUAUGUUGCCGGCGACAAUGGCGAUGAUGAUACCGAUGAUGCUGGGUCGUCGAAAGAGAGAUCUGAGACUGAUGAACAACAAUCUUGAAGUAAACUUGCAUAAGCUCGCGGGGGAAUAUAACGUUCAACUAAAGAGAUCAGUAGGACUAUAGGAAUUAAAAUAGCAGAAUUCGUUCGAGGAACUCAUUAGAAUGAUGAAUAACAGAAAAUACAGCACAUGACAUAUAUGCAGAAUUACGUUGAAGUAUAGGAUAUAACAAUGAGGAUCCAGAAACGAAAAUGAUUUUAUUAGAAAUUAGUUUCGUAAUAUUAAAUUAAACAAAACGCUACAUCAUAUAUAUUAGAGUGUAUAGUCUCAUACUUUUAUAUAUAGAAUUUUUCUACCAAAAAUCUUACUUACAAAGGUUGAAUUACAAAAAGAUAAAGUUUAAAUUUUUCGAUCGCAUAUUGGAUUUGAAGUCAAGUAGUGUGCAAAUCACUUUCCAAACAUUGCGUUGUUGUAAUCAGACUAUAGACUGCGUAUUAAUACUGAAUACGUUUCUGAAUAAUCAAUGUAUUCCUAUUCAUACAGACGAGGGUAUAAGUAAGAUCGAUUUAGAAUCAACCUGUUGCUGUUCUAGUAAUCACCGAGUAAAGAGUGAACUUGGGGGUAAAAAGUCCAUCAUAAUUAUACUGAAAAAAAAAUAUCCAAGCGUUAUUUUGCUUCAUCGUUUUACAUUACCGCAUUUCAAUUGUUAUUGACACAGUGCUUCGAUUAUGUAAAAGCAAACGUAACAGGUUCCAACUUUAAUCGCCAUCCAUUAACAUUUAUUAUCUAUAUUUUAUGCUUGAUCAAACCAUCGUCAGCGAAUGUAAAUUUCCAAUUUUUCUGCGAUGCAACAAGUGCUUCGUUUGCAACAAAUUAAAUUAAUUACGUUGCCAUAAA